AUGUGUACUGAUAAACUUCUUAAGAAAAUCAGUGGCAAAAUUAGCAGAAAGUUGACUUCUGAAGAAAAAGAUAGUAAAUUCGUCAGAGAAGAAACCACAGCUCCACUUGGAUUGGCCAUAAUUUCAAUUACCUUUACUUCUAAUGUAAUAAAUAAUAACUGCCUUAGUAAUUAUGAAUCUAUCACAAUUCCGACUAAAGUACUUAUAGAAAAAUAUGACCCCAAGAUGUCUAAUUAUAUUCUGCUUGAACCAUCUUACGCAUUAAGAACCUCAGUUAGAAAGUUAAUACAACUAAAGCUAAAAAGAAGUCAAGGAUUAAAUAUCUCUACAUCUUCUGAUUUAGAUACUUCCAAUUUGAUUACUUCAGACAGCAAUUUAGAUAGUUCUUCCACAUCUAGUUCGGAAAUAGAAGCUAUACAUAAGACUAAAGAUAUAAGGAAAUGCCUUAUUCUAAAGCGUAAAGUAAAACGUAAAGCAUGA